AUGAUAUAUUUGAGCAAUAUAAAUAUUUUAUCUUAUCUUUAUAAUUCUUUUUUAGACGAAAAAAAACGAAGAUAUUUCAAGAUUUCUGAAGAUCAUGUUGUCGGUGUUUCAUAUCCAUAUUCUUUGGGAAAUAUCUAUAAGAAUAAGAAGAAAUCUAUUGAAUCAAAAAAACAGAGAACAUUUGCUCAAACAGCUAAAAAAAUAAGAACAUGUUUUUUUCAAAGAAACCUUAAUAGAGAGCUUGGAAAACUACAUGGAGGAUUGUUUGAGCAUUCUCUUAUGUAUUCAUAUGAUAUGCUUUGGAUAGAGCGAUUGUUUUUGUUUGAUAGAAAAGAAUUAAGUCUUCAAGGUGGUAGUUCGAUUACUUGUUUAAAUUUCAGUCCAGAUAUGAAUAAUAUUCUUUUUGGAACAUCAGAUGGACUUUUAGGAGUAGUUAAAGUUGCUUCUAUUACGAAACAUCAUGAAUUUCUUCAAUUAAAUAUUUCUCAAUCAACUUCGGGAUUAACAUCUUUAAAUGUCAGUUCUAAUGGUAUAUUUAUUUGUACAUUUAUGGGCAAUGAAAAAAAACCAGGGCAUUUUCAAAUAGGAACUAUAAGAAAAAAUACAGAGGAAAAUUUAUCAGAUUAUGGUAUAAAUGUUACAGUAAUUCCUCAAGGUAAAAAUACUUUAUGGGCAUCUGCUAUUGCGCCAUCAGGUGAAAUAGCAGCAAUUGGUGGAUCUAAGAUGGCUAUGGUAAUUAAAGGAAUCGAUGGUGCUAAUUAUACAUCCUAUUCAUAUAAUCUUAAAAGUGAUGUUUUUGCUAUUAAAUUUUUAAAUACAAAUACCUUUUUAGCUGGAUAUCGUAAUGGAUGGAUAGAUUUACUUGAUACUCGAUGUUUAGGAUCAACCAAGUCAUGUUUUACUAAUUCUUUGAUCAAACAUAAAUCUAGUAUUUCGAAUUUUGAUUUAACUAGUGAUUAUCAUCUUGUUGUUGCUGGAUUAGAAAACUCUCUAAAUAUGUAUGAUAUAAGAAUGAUUCACUCUGAAAAAGAUAUGUUUUCUCGGCCUGUAUUAUUCUUUAAUGGUUAUACUAAUGAAUGUUCUUUUGGGUUGGGUUUUGAUAUUAGUCGAAAUAGGAGAAUUGUUGCUGCAUCGGGACAGGAUCAAAUUUAUUUUUGGUCUACAUUGGAUGGAAGAUUAUUACGAAGAAUUAUGGUUAAAUCCAAUAGAGCAUGUCGUGCAUUUAAGUUUUAUGAAACAUCUACUAAUUCGUUUGAGGAGUUAUGUCUUGCUGAUGAUAGCUAUUUAGAAUGGUGGUGUUCUAAUUAA